GCAGCGGGAUGAGGAGCCGCCCGCUGGGGAAGGUGCUGCGGAGGCAGUUCUGGCUGCUGCUGGCCUUCGGGGUGCUGGUCGUGGGGCUCUGGGCCGCCUACCUGGAGCUGGUGGCGUCGGCGGAGGCCAGCGGGCACCCCCUGAACCACAGAUAUGGGAGCUGGAGGGAACUGGCUAAAGCCCUGGCAAACAGGAACAUCCCUGCUGUAGACCCAAACCUUCAAUUUUACUAUCCUCAGAAGCCAGUACACCAGAACCAAGAGCAGCAAAGAGGUGCAAGGAAUAGGUCUAUUUAUCCAGCCAGGGAAAUCUCCGUCCCUUGGAUCCCAGAGUUCCAGGGUCAAGUCAAUCUCCAUGUGUUUGAAGACUGGUGUGGCAGCUCCAUCGAGCAGCUCAGAAGAAACCUCCACUUCCCACUGUACCCCCAUACACGAACCACAUUGAAGAAACUAGCAGCAUCACCAAAAUGGACAAACUAUGGGCUCCGUCUCUUCGGUUAUUUGCAUCCUUUCACUGAUGGGGACUUUCAGUUUGCUAUUGCUGCAGAUGACAAUGCUGAGUUCUGGUUGAGUCCAGAUGAAAAGACCUCUGGUCUCCAGCUGCUGGCCAGUGUAGGCAAGACUGGCAAGGAGUGGACUGCACCAGGAGAAUUUGGGAAAUUCCGGAGCCAGCAAUCAAAGCCUGUGAGAUUAUCAGCUUCAGGCAGGUACUACUUUGAAGUGCUUCACAAACAGAAUGACAGAGGAACAGACCAUGUGGAAGUGGCAUGGAGACUGAGUGACCCAGAAACUAAGUUCACCGUCAUCGACUCCCAGUUCCUCUCCCUUUUUGCUAAUGAGACUCUCUUCAAGAUGGAUGAGGUUGGUCAUAUCCCACAGACAUUGGCCACCCAUGCAAGCCCACCUAUGGCCAAUCUGGGCAACAUGGUACACCCAGCUGACAUGCUGAAGCCCGACCCUCGAGAUACUAUUUAUAAAGUGCCUUUGAUUAGUAAGUCACGCCUGCCCAGGACCCUACCAGACUGCCCUUACAAGCCCAGUUACCUAGUGAAUGGAUUCCCACUGCAGCGCUAUCAAGGACUUCAGUUUGUUCAUUUGUCCUUUGUUUACCCAAAUGAUUACAGCCGCUUGAGCCAUAUGGAGACAGACAACAAAUGUUUCUACCAGGAGAGCCACUAUUACUUGGAGAGGUUUGGAUUCUAUAAGUAUAUGAAAAUCGACCUUCCAGAGAGGAGAAAUCUGGAGUCUGGGGAGAAAACCAAGCAGCCAGGCUCUGAGGAUGGGAAUCCUGAUGAGUUUCAGUACACAGACCAGGAUGCAGAGAGCACCAACCUCACAAGGAAUCCCAGCAAGUGGGGAGCAGAGCCGGUGAGAGUCGAGGCAAACCCCACCAUGAUAGCAGGCUAUGAUGACAUUUACAAUGACUAUUCCCUCCCGGGGCUUCGGAAGCUCCUCUCGCUCAUAGAUGGUAAGGUGGGAGAGGUGCUGCAGAAGAGAGGCGCAAAAACGCCCCUCAUCAAGCCAGCUCACAGGACUUCAGCCAACCAGAGCAUCAAUCAAACUGGUCUAGAAAGAAACCUACCAGUGAGCAGGCCCCAUCUAAAAAUCAAGGUCAAGGACAGUUCCAGAAACCCUCCUCAUCAUGUUAGGGGCAUCCAUAGGAAGUCACUGCCCAAGAGGAGAGUGGGAGGCCAGGACCCUCCUUCUAGCACAAGACCUCAUGAGCCCUGGGAACAUAUACCCAGCAAUUCCAGGAACUCCACUGACAGGAUUCCAGGGGAGGUGGGCCCUCUUCAGACAGACCUCAAUGCAACCAGCACCAAGGACCAGCCAGCAGGCAACAUGCAAGCAAGGAGACGAAGUCCAGUCUCUGGCAAAAUAAGCAGUAGAGCUGUGAGUGCUGCCAGCCUCAGCAAGCAGACCCUUUACCAGGCCCAGUGGCUAAACCAGGUGGAGUCGUACAUUGCUGAGCAGAAGGCAGCUGACGGCAUUGAGGUAGAUAUGGAAAGGGGGCAGGUGGAAUCUCAACCUGAGCCUGCUGUGCUGGCAGUGGAAGAGGAGGAGGAAGAGGUGGAAGGGGAAGCAGAGUGGCAGAAGGAGGGAUUUGAGUACAUGCCAUUUGACCAGGUAGUGAACUGGGAACAGACCUUCAGCGCAAGCAACUUGGACUUCCACACGCUGCGGACAGACUGGAUUGACCUGAAGUGCAACACAUCGGGGAACCUGCUGUUGAAAGAGAGGGAGGCCCUGGAGGUCACACGCGUCUUCCUGAAGAAACUCAACCAGAGAAACAAAGGGAGAUUCCACCUGCAGCGCGUAGUGAAUGUGGAGAAGCGCCAAGACCGCCUGCGUGGGAGCCGCUACCUGCUGGAGCUGGAGCUGCUGGAGAGGGGAGGGCAACUUGUGCGCUUUUCAGAGUAUGUCUUUGCACGAGGCUGGCAGGGCAUCAGCGGCGACGAGCAGGAGGAGAUGAACAUGAAGAACCUGGCGUGGGGCCGCCGGCGCCAACUGAUGGGAGUUGCAAAGGAGCCAGACCUGUGCUGGCCACUGGGCUUCUCCUGGAACCAUCGUGCUGUUGUCCACUUCAUAGUGCCAGUGAAAAACCAGGCACGCUGGGUGCUGCAGUUCAUUUCUGACAUGGAGGAACUGUCUAGAGUCACCAAGGACCCAUACUUCAAUGUCAUCAUCACAGACUACAGCAGUGAUGACAUGGAUGUAGAGAAGGCUCUGAAAAGGUCCAGCUUACGCAGUUACCAGUACUUGAAGCUGACGGGGAAUUUUGAGCGCUCUGCAGGGCUGCAGGCUGGGAUAGACCUAGUGAAGGAUCCACACAGUAUCAUCUUCCUGUGUGAUCUCCACAUCCACUUCCCGGCUAGCAUCAUCGACUCAAUUCGGAAGCACUGCGUAGAGGGCAAGAUGGCCUUUGCACCCAUGGUUAUGAGGUUGCAGUGUGGCGCAUCUCCGCAAUGGCCUGAGGGCUAUUGGGAGGUGAAUGGAUUUGGUCUCCUAGGCAUAUACAAGUCUGACCUGGAUAAGAUUGGAGGGAUGAACACCAAAGAGUUCCGGGAUCGCUGGGGAGGAGAGGACUGGGAACUCGUGGACAGGAUCAUGCAGGCUGGCCUGGAAGUGGAACGACUGUCCCUGAGGAACUUCUUUCACCGAUUUCACUCCAAGCGGGGCAUGUGGAACCGACAACAGCUGAGGACACUAUAAUGUUCGGCCAUAAAGCUGCCCGGCAGAGCCAAACAUCCUUAUAUCAGCGCAUGCACCUCGUUUAGGCACGUAGCCGAGAGUACACACUCCUCCUCUCUCCAGAGUCAUCCUAGGAGAUCAGACUUAUAGGUGUUUGUGAAAAGGGAUGAUCAGUAUAUAGAAGUGGGAACUUAUCUUUGGCGCUCGUGAGCUAUUGGGUCCCAAACAUGGGGAUCAGUGACUCGCUCUGUAUUUGGGGGAGCCUUAGACAAGCGAAGGACUGGUUACCCCUGACACUGAGGCACCUAGAGCCCCUGACUGAUGGUACGAUAGAAGUGGUGGCAAGCUGUCUAGAGUGUCUUGCAUGGUGCAAAUUUAAGAAAAGGAACAAAUCCCAGGUACAACCAGAAUGGAUUAUUUACAAUAAAGCUGCUGCUUCUUUUGAUACUUGAAAAACUCUGACACCCAUGUCUUUGGACAGGGGACCAAAGGAACUUCUCUGAACUGUGUUGUGUCCUCAUCCCCAUAUACCAGCCCAGCCCAGAAAAGUCUGAGGAGCUGUUAGGCACUCUAGGCUGCCAGUGCUUAGCCCUAUUUGCCACCCUUUCAUCUAAAUCACUGGGAAAAUUUACACUCCUGUUCAACAAACCAUGGGCUGUAUCUGGAGACUCAAACACUUUUCCCUCAUGAGAGACCUCAUUUGCCUGCAGCUGGUUGGAGCUAAUGUUAAGAACCCACUUUGGUUAGUUGUUUCCUGCCUGAGGCUCAUGCUGGGUACUUGGAGAGGACAGGUGAGGCCAUCUCAGUAGGAACUGGGAAGCCAUAUCGACAGCUGUAGCCCAGUCAGACAAGGGUGUGUCCCAGCAAUAGCUGGGAACUCAUAACAGAGGGAAAUGGAAUAUUUGAUUGUCUGAAAUACUAUAUCUUUGUCAGUGAGAAGGAGAACUUUUCUGCUCCUCAGACCUGGUCUAUAACACAGCAUCUGGGGGUUAAUUUAAUAAGUUAUGAUUUCACGGUUGUUUUCCAUGGUAGAUUCUAUGUAUGUGAAGAACUAUUUGUUUGCAUAGUGGAAGAACAGGAGCAGUUCACAAUGUUGCACUUACAGAAGGACCAGAUGAGCCUUGUGCUGGCACUGGGGAGAUGGACUUAGGACCUGGGGCUUGCACUGGUGACAGGACCAAGGAAGUUUGGUGACUGCACUGAUGAAAGGAGUUUGCUUUGGUGAAAGGAAUAUGGAGGGGACCUUGUUCAAACUCUGCCCAAACCUAGGGUGGAAUCUUGCCCCCACCAAAGUCAAUGGUAAAACUCCUGUAGGGGUAAGAUUUCACCCCUGAUGACUGGGGUAUGGUCCUUUCUCAUAAUUCAAGGAGUGCAGAGAUCCACAGCUUGGCUGGUAUGGGCUAAGUCAGUGCUCCACUAACCAUCAACCUCCAGGUUUGGGGAGGGCAUGCAAUGCAGAGUGGAGCAAUGGUGAAAAAUGUACAAGGGGCUACUGAGUCUUUUAAUCCAUUAAAUAUUUGUAGGACUGUAGCCAUCUGGGAUCUAAGAAGAUGCAGUAUCAAACCCAGUGCAAAUCACAGCAGUCUUUGUAACUAGGGAAGGUACUUUUCAUAUUUAGAGACUGAGAAAUAACAUGAAAAUGAUUUUUGGAGGGGAAAAGAGGUGAUAGAUGAAAACUCUGUUUUUAGAAGUUUAAUAAUGUGGCAGUUGAUUGUUUUCUGACUGGAAUAGUUGAUAUGCAUCUUUAGUGCAUGUCCUAUCGGGCUGCUUUAUUCAGGGGCUUGUGCACAUACUUGCAGGGCAUAACAAAUCUCUAAUACUUGCAAACCCUCUUUCCAAACUCUGGAUUCCUUGGGAUGGCAAGUCUCAUAGCAUGUCUGAACUGGCUCUGUAAAGAAAUGCAUGUGGAAUGGGGACUGGCUGGCCUAGAAGAUAAGCAGUGGGAUCCAAUGAAUUAGAAAUAUUACUUACUUUCGAAGAAGAGUGUCAUUUUACCAAUGGGGAAAGUGAAGCAUGAAGGGUCAGAGACUGCCCCUAGGGCUCACAGUAAUAGAGCUGGGCAUAUCAAAAGGGAUACACUGUGGGUAGACAGAUACUGGGCUAGAUGGACCUUUGGUCUGACCCAGUACGGCCGUUCUUAUGUACAAUCCUUGCUCCAUUAAUAUCAAUGGCAAAACUCUCAUUGACUUCAAUGGGAUUAGGAUUUCACCCGGUGUCUUCUGGUGCUCACUCAGCUAUGCUCCUUCCUUUGUGCCUUUCAGUGAGAUUGGUAAUGAUCAAAACUGUUUACUUCCUUAAGGGCUCUUUGGUUGUCUAUGUGAAAUAGGUGGUAGAGUCUCAGUCCUAUUCCCAGAGGGCAGUUAUGCACACCACAAAAGCCACCAUCACAAUUGGCACUAGUUGGCAGCCUCAGCAGAGAAUCCUCAGAGGAAAUUCUCCAUGGAGACUGAACCUGCCUAUCAGCCCUUGAAGUAGUCAGUAGAGGUCCGGGUUGAGACUGCCACUUGUUGUGGGGAAAGAGAGGAGUACCUGCUCCAGGGCUGUCAGGCCAGCAUGAAAUGCAUACGAAAAAGUCAAGGGUUUAACCCCAAGGAUGCUUCUUCUCCCCAACCUGCCCCAAUCAAAAUCAAGAAUAGAGCGGAAGCUGAGACUCAUAGAUUCUGGCCUAUGUCACUCUAGUUUACGCACUGAUGGGAUUUGGGUGGGUCAUGGGGUUCUCCUCUAUCAGAAAGGAGACAUGUCUCAGGAAUGGCAGCUCCCCAGAGAUCACAAAAGGGCUACGGGGAGCCUGGCUUUACCAAAGUGGGGAAGUGGGCUUCUCCAUAAACUCAAUCUCAUUUCCAUUGGCAUUAUUUGAAGGCAUCCAACCCUUUCCACUGCCUUGUGAACUCCAUGAUGUUUCGCAAUCCAACAAAGGGGUUGGGAGAGAAUGGGUUUUAUCAUGAAAGAAUCUGUUGUGUGAUCACGAUGUGACUGUUUUGUCAUUGUCUUUAAUGUUUCCCUCAUAUGAAUGUCUUGCCUUCUCUCAUUGUUUGUAAAUGUCUGAAAUGUUAUCCAGACACCAAUGCCUGGUGUUUCAAUUCUGUACUGUACCUCUGAAUUCCACACCUUAAAGUGGCUUUGUGCCUUUAAGAUGAUUCCCAGGCCUCCCCUCUGUUAGGAGGGGGGAUAGGCUGGCACCCCAAGGGGUUUAUAAAUACAGUU